CCUACGCCGGCGCUGCCCCUUCCCUUCCCUUUCCCGCCGCCGCUUAUUUCUUCCUCCCUCCAAUUCCGCCUGAGUUUACACUUCACUGAAACGACUGUCGUUUUGAGAGGCUAGGAAUUUGCAGAGGAGAAUACAGCUGCUGCACGUUUCCUCUUUCAUUUCUUACUUCUUCCCACUCCGACGAUCCCUCGAUCACGGUUCCCUACUCGCUUCUCGGCUAACUCGUUGGAAGUAGAUUUCCUUGUCCGUCUGAAGUGGAUUCCGGCAUCGAUUGGACUGAAAUUUGCAGAAACGGGGAGCGCGUAUACCUGGGAGUCGUUCUCUUCAUCGGUCAGUUCCUCGACGGCGGAUCGUCUCAGCCACUCCGACAAUGCACGGCCGCCCUCGUAAGCCUUUGAAACCAGUAGACGAAGCCGCGGUAGCUGCCAAGGCUGAGAAGCUUCGCGCUCUCCAAUCUGAGUUCCUUUCCAAUCACCAGAACAAAAUUUACAGUAAGGAAGCUGUAGAGUUGAGCGCCAAGCUGCUGGAGAUCAAUCCGGAGCUGUACACUGCUUGGAACUACAGGAAGCUUGCUGUUCAGCAGAAUCUCGCACAGUGCGAAUCGGAUCCAGAAUCUGUUAAUUCGAUUCUCGAUGAAGAACUUAAAGUGGUGGAGAAUGCAUUGAGGCAAAAUUUCAAGUCGUAUGGAGCUUGGCACCAUAGGAAAUGGGUACUGGAGAAAGGGCAUUCCUCCAUGGAUAAGGAGUUAGGACUUUUGGACAAGUUCCAAGCCAUGGAUGCACGGAAUUUUCAUGCCUGGAAUUACCGCAGAUUUGUGGCAGCAUUGAUGAAACGAUCAGACGAGGAUGAACUAGAGCACACCCAGAAUAUGAUUGACAAAAACCUGAGUAACUAUUCUGCAUGGCACAAUCGCAGUAAUUUUCUGUCGAGGAAUUGCAGUGUGCUUCUGUCAAAUUUGAUGAAGAAGGCAGCUCCAGGAUUUACUAGCAAAGAUGAGGUUUUAACAAGGGAGUAUGAAUUGGUGCGUGAGGCUCUUUUCACUGAUGAAGAUGACCAAAGUGGCUGGUUCUAUCAUCUUUGGCUUCUUGAUCAAACUGUCAGAUCUGAGUUCCCUCUGCUUGUUUCUUCAUGGCCGGUCGAAGGUUCUGAUAUUUCUCUGCCAGCAGCUGAUUACCUGGAUGGUUGUGCUUCUAUGAAUGUGUUCCAUUACAGUUCCAGAAAUUUUCCUCUCGUUCUUUACUUCAACCAAUCUGUCAGAGGUGUCAACUCAUCUACUGUCAGUGUUUCGUGUGGGUUUAACCUAAACAUUGAUCUUAUUUGGAAACCUCUUUCUUCAACUGACUCUCAAAGUGCAAAAGUUUGGGCUACACAUUUAGCCAUCCCUGAUGCAGAGCUUCAUUCUUCAGAAGCUUACCAGGUGGAGGUUAAAGUUGGAUUUUCACAGGGAAUUGUUUCAACUACUGGUGUAGCAUAUAGCCAUCCUUCUCAGAUUUCAUUUCAGCUGCACUUACAAAAGACCCCACUUGAAUCUGGACAAGACUCAAGGUUUGGGAGAAUUCAGUGGAAAGAUGAUUGUUUUGCUGUUUAUGAACCUGGUUCUGCAGAACCUGAUUUGGUUAACCUUCUUGACAAUCUAACAAUCAAGAAUGAGGUAGAGUCAACAGCUUCAACCUGGCAAGCGAGAAUCAUUGAUGACGAGACUAAUAUUUUUCGUGACUUAUUGGACUGCAAAAUUGGGAAGCUGACAGUGGCCAGGCUGUUGACUGCUUACAAUUCAUUGAGACCUUUGGAUAAACCAGUCCAUUGUAAGGAAGUUUUAGAGCUAUACAGUGAGCUAAUGAAGUUGGACCCUUCUCACUAUCAAUAUUACAAAGAUAACCACAGCUUGGUUUUAUUGCAACAGGUGACUUCUAGUAAGGAGUCUUUGCUGAGUCGUUGUUUUCACUAUAGGGACUCAACUCUGUCAACCAAUGGUAGUCCCUUGUGUUUGCGACUAAACAACUUAGCAAUUUCACAAUUGGGAUCUUUUGAGAAGUUGCUAUGGGUUCAAAUGUUAGACCUCAGCAACAAUGAACUUCAAUCGAUUGAAGGAUUGGAGGCUCUGCAACUUCUCUCGCAAUUGUGUUUGAGUAAUAACAAAUUCAGGAGUUUUACUGCUUUGGAGUCUUUGAGAUAUUUGAAAUCACUGAAAGUGUUGGAUAUUUCGCAAAACGAAAUAGGUUCUCAUUCCAUCGACACCACCAGAUAUCUAUUCCGUUCUCCAUUGUCCCAUUCAGUCGGAAGUUGCGAUUGGAAUAUCAAUUAUCUCAGUUCAGAAACAUACUGGGAAGCUUUUUUCGUUCUCAAAGACAUGGGGCUGACUCAGUUGGACGUGGCUGGGAAUGCAAUCACCAGUAAGAGUUUUAAUGUGUUUCUGGAAAAGCUCCUGCCUACUCUCAAGUGGCUGGAUGGUGUAGAAGUAAACUAACUUUCAUCUUGAUCGGAGAGCUUUCCAAUCAUGCUUCCAUCACAAGAAUUUGUGUACCCAAGUUAUGUUUUGUGACACGCAACUAUUUCUAUACCCGAGAUGUAUUUUGAUGAAACUCGUGACAGUAAAUUUCCAUCUUGUCUGAUCCUAUUAUUUCUGAGAAGGGAUGGGUAAGUAGGUGAAUGCAAUUUUCCUUUGUUAAAUGAGCUUUCCUUAACCCUGUUAUAUUGGUUCUACUAACUUGGAAUGGAUUCAUUGAUUUGAGAAACAAGUAUGCCUUGCAAUCACACGCCAUGGGAGAUCUCAGAUGGAAACAUGUGAGCGAGUUUACUUGCCGAGGCGAAUCCUAACUAGAUUGAUGCUUCGGGAUGAGGAGCAAAGCUUCAGAGGCUACAGUGUAGCAAUGGACAUACACUCUGCUCGACUUGCAAAACCAGGGUACAUAAUCGGUGCCCAACUUGUAGACAGGAGCUUGGAGACAUUAGGUGUUUAGCACUUGAGAAGGUGGCAGAAUCUCUUGAAUUGCCCUGCAAGUUUUACAAUUUGGGGUGCCCAGAGAUAUUUCCUUACUACAGCAAACUCAAGCAUGAGACAGUUUGCAACUUCAGACCAUACAACUGUCCAUAUGCUGGAUCGGAAUGCUCCGUUGUUGGUGAUAUUCCUGCUCUUGUUGCUCAUCUACGGGAUGAUCACAAGGUAGAUAUGCACACGGGUUGCACAUUCAACCAUCGCUACGUGAAGGCUAAUCCUCGUGAAGUCGAAAACGCCACUUGGAUGUUGACGGUAUUCCAUUGCUUUGGUCAGUAUUUUUGUCUUCAUUUCGAAGCCUUUCAGCUAGGGAUGGCUCCGGUCUACAUGGCAUUCCUGCGUUUCAUGGGGGAUGAGUCUGAGGCUCGUAACUACAGCUACAGCCUCGAGGUUGGAGCAAAUGGGAGGAAGCUCAUUUGGGAGGGGACUCCACGAAGCGUAAGAGAUAGUCACAAGAAGGUGAGGGAUAGCCAUGACGGUCUCAUUAUUCAAAGAAACAUGGCUCUCUUCUUCUCCGGAGGGGAUAGGAAGGAACUGAAGCUGAGGGUUACCGGCAGGAUCUGGAAGGAACAACAGAAUCCAGAAGCUGGUGUGUGCAUACCAAACCUUUGUAGCUAAAACAAAAAAGAAGAAGAAACAGAUGAACUGUAAUUUUGGGGAUGAUUUCAGGUAAUUGUGUGUGGGGUUGGUACUCUCUCUUGUGUGUUGUGUUGUUUGGAAUUGUCAUGUGACUGAAAAGCUGUCAAUUUUUCGUUGUCUUCGUAAGUGUUGUAUAAUGAAAGCAACUCGUCUUCCUUGCUACACUUCAGCUGCCACUAAUGAUCAAGCCAGUUCCCAUCUCUCUUUAGUCUGCUGUUUGUACUUGAAGUUGCCUCCUUUAUUGAGACGCUGCCAGUUCAUUCCCGAGUUGGCCAAUCAUUCGGUCGACAUUGGAUCUUGAAUUCGACCUAUUGAUGUUUGGAUGAAACUAGACAAUACUGAAGAUUGUCCUAGUUUUGAUACAUCCACUUUACGUACACACUAGGA